CUUGAGAAUUUUUUGUGAUUUUAUAAUUUUAAUUUCUCCAUAUAUUCCACGGCAACCUAUAUAUUUUAUUGCAAAAAAUGAAACCUGAAUAUUUCAAAAACCUUAUUUUGAGUUUUUUUUUAUCCCAUCUAAUCGGUAGUUAAUACCAUAAUUCGAAAAAGUUGUUAAGGUCUGACUUUCUCGUAAGACUCGGAAAAAAUACUAACAUUUUUAAAAAUUUUUUUUUCAAAAAUUUUCACGGUAAAGAUUAAAUUAAACUUUACUAGUAGAUAAAUAAGAACUUUAACUAUUAGAUCAAAAUUAAUUUUAUGCGUAAUCUAAUAUUUUUUAUUUAACAUUGAUGGCGAAAGGACCUCCUUAAAAUAUCAGAUAUGUCAGUCUUUACAGUUGUUUCACUGUUUUUGAAAACUACCGCUCAAUCUCAAUUCAAAGUGCUGACACCUGAAAAUAACCAGAGGAUAAGUGCGUUUCUAGAUAGACAAACCAAUCUUUAUAACUGUUUAGAUUGAUCUAUUUGCAAUUAAAUACGCAACAUCGGUGAAAACAAAAAUUUCGUAGUAUCAACUCUUGUUUUUAUUUUUAUUUUUAUUGACCUCAACAUGCUGGUAAAUAUAAUGACAUGUUAAUUAUAACCACGUAUAUUGUGACUGUGCUGACGUAAAUAGAAUGAUUUUAUUCGCAUCAAUUAUUUAGCUAAAAAAAAAGCGUGUAAUUAUAGCUACAAUGUUGAAAGUCAACUAAAAUAUCUAAUAAUUUAUAUAUCAACAUAUAGAUAAAUAUUUUUUAAUUUCAACACGUGAUAUAUGAAAAAAAAAAAAAAAAGUGAAGGAUCGGUAGUCAAGGUGAUGUACUGUUUAUGUAUCUGUAUUUACAUAUUUUAGCUAACACAAUGGAUGAAGAAACACAUCACUAUGAUUUGAGAAGUAGAAGUAGAUCUAGGUCUCAUACUCCAAUGGUUUUCAAUCAAAAUUUGAUAGAUUUUAAUACCUAUGAUCACAGAUUCUUAAGAGAUAGAGGAAGUAAAGAAAGAUCCCAGACCCCUGUGGAAGUAUCAAGUUCCAGACGUUCAGAGUCGAGAUCCUUACCAAGAAGUACUUUAAAAAACGAUACAAUAAAAGAAGAAAUACAACAGAACAUUGAAGAUAUUCAAAAAGCACAAGUAACUGUAGAAUAUGAAAGACAAAAUGAAAAAUCUGCACUUUCAACAGUUAAAAAAAUUGAUAAGCGGUCAGAACGACGACGCGUAAGAAGACAAGACAAUGUGCAUGGACAAGGAGAGUUAAAGGAGAGUAAAUCUAUAAAAAUAUCAAGUAAAAGUUUAUCUCCGAAUAAAAUAAUUACCAGUGACUAUUCUUCCGAUGAAGGAAAAUUCCAUGAUUCAUCUAGAAGUCCUAGGUCAGCAUACGAAAUAUACAAACAAGUUGGUGAUUGGUGGGAUGUUUUUCCAAAGACAGAUUAUACAUACUCUCCGACAUCACGAUGUCGAUAUGAAAUCGCACCUGGAAUCUUGGCCAUGCCUAACAUGUCUCGGACGUCUAUCCAUUUAGCGUGCGGUAGUAACUGCAGUAGUCUAAUUUACAGUCAACAGAAUUCAACUUUGUCUCAAAGAAAUAAAACACGUUCCUUCAAUUACCUAGAUAAAGAUAUCACUGAUGCUGUCAAUCAAAAUCGUUUGAAUGAAGAACAACAUUUUUAUUCGUUUGCAUAUGAUACAACAAGACAAUCGGAUUUACAUACAUACAAUCAAACACAAAUAGAUAAAUCCAGAAAUCUUGACACAAGUUCUUAUGCAGAGUCUGAAAAUAGAUUUAAUAGUUCUUCACACAUUAAUUUCAACACGGAAUUAAGUGAAGCUCUUCAGUUGAAUACCAACAAUAAUAAAAAGUGGACCAUAUUGUGGUUUGAAAAGAUUAAGAAUGUCUUAACGUUACUAUUUAUCAAUUUAUUUCAGUUCGUAGGUAUUAAGAUGUUGAAAAAAAACUCUACAACUAGUCAUAAUUAUUGGCAGUAUCAAGAAUCUACAUUGACUAAAAUAUGGAAAAAAAUGUAUCGAGUUUUUCAGUAUUCAUAUUUGUUGUUGAUGAAAACACUCUUUUUUGAUUCUUGGAUAUUAAGAUGUGUUUCAACUUUUUCAAAGAGUCUCCGCAAGUACUCUUCCAAAUGGAUCAUAUUUAUUCUUCCAUUGUUACUUUUUUUACUUGGUUAUUGGUUUUAUCCCUAUGGAGAAAAUUUAGGCUUUCCUUCGUUUUCUAGAACUGAUUUUUCACAAUUUUCUACUACAAAAAAAAGUCUUACACCUAUAAAUCCAAUAGAACCAUUAGAAAAAAAUUUCUUUAUCAUAAAUGAUGCUAUUCAAGAGAAAAUAAGUCAACAAAUAAUAAGUUUGAUCGAUCGAGUAGAGAAAUUGGAAGCCAUCGAAAAGAAUUCGGAAAAAAAUAUUUUAAAUCUCAAUCAAUCUCAUGCAAAGCUGAAAGUCGAUGAAGCAAAAGUUUGGAAGCUUUAUGAAAAAAAAAUAUCUGAUUUGGAGGACAGAGUAAUAAACGCACAACAUAUUUUAGAGUAUCAAAAUAUUGAGAAGAGAAACACUUAUGAUGAAAUACAAAAUAUUAAAACCGAGUUGAAUAAUAUUCAAAGCCUUUAUGCAAAUUUAAAGACUUGUUGUGAUAAAAGUAUAUCACCAAAAGAAAUAAACGAAAUUUUCACAAAUUUAUUAAUUUCAAGCGAUAAUUAUAAUAAGAAAUCGGGUGGCGAAGAUUUAAAGACACUAAAAUGUGAACAUUUACCUAAUACUUCGUCAUUAUCCGAAGAGCAUAUAAAAAACAUAGUUAAAGAAAUUUUGAAGACUUAUAACGCGGAUAAAACAGGAAAAGUUGAUUAUGCGUUAGAAUCCGCUGGCGGUCAAAUUAUUAGUAUUCGUUGUACACAAAGUUACAGUGUCAAUACUCGGGCAUUCAAAGUUCUUGGCUUUAUAUUAUAUUAUGAGAGUAGUGAUCCUCGAACUGUAAUUCAAGGACAUUCAUUACAGCCAGGGGUUUGUUGGGCGUUUCAAGAUUUUCCUGGAUAUCUUGUGAUUAAACUACGUAGCCCAAUCCAAAUAACUGGGUUUACUGUUGAGCAUGCACCAAAAUCUAUUUUACCUAACAAUGAAAUAAAAAGUGCACCAAAGAAAUUUAAUAUUUGGGGUUUGAAGGAAGAAAAUGAUUCUGAUCCUGUACUUUUCGGUGAAUAUGAAUUUUUAGAUAAUGAUGAAAGUCUUCAAUAUUUUCCGGUGCAGAAUCUUAAUGUUGUAGAACCUUAUGAGUUCAUCGAAUUAAAAAUACAUAGUAAUCAUGGGCAACUUGAUUAUACUUGUCUUUACCGAUUUAGAGUUCAUGGAAGAUUAAUUUAAAAACACAUUGAUUAAUUUCGAGUGCUGCUUCAUCAAUAUAAAUAGAAUCAAGUGUUUGUGCCUUUAAGACAUUAUAAAAAAUAGUGUCAUAACUAUGAGUAAAAUAUUAUUAUUAAAAUAAUAUAAAAACAUCACUAUAAAGUAUAAUGAAAGCUUAGUAAUCCAAAGUCAGUUGAAAUGUUAUGAUAAGAAUAAUAAUAACUGUAUAGUAAUAAUAAUUCUGAAAAGUACAAAUCACUACAAAAAAUACGGAUUAGCGCUUACUUAAAUAAGAUAUACUAUAAUUUUACUUGGGUUUCUUGAGUUAUAACAUUUUAUGUAUUAAAUUUUUUUAUAUCUUGAAAAGAUUAUUGUAAGCUAUUGAAAGAUCUUGAAAAAAAAGACUAAUUUAUAAUAAUAGUAAUUUAUAAUAAUCAACGCAUAAAUCUAUUGAUAAAUUUUUAACAAUGCUAUAACUAUUACGAAACGUUAAAAAAUUAGUCGUUUAAUACUAAUUUAUUUUUUAUUAAAUACAGUAAUGAAUAAUUUGAUUUGAAGUUUUGUAAUAAUGCAUAGUGAAAACAAUUAUUAAAAAUAGAAAUAAAUUUGUUUCUAACUAA